UUUUACCUACAGAUAUAGAUAUGAGGGAUAUCUUAGCACUUCUAACAAUUUUAGCACCUGCUUUGGCUGCACAAUAUAAGGAGGAAAACCUGAAGAUCGUUGAAGGAGAGCCAACACCUUUCUCACACUGGUCUUGGGUCUGGGCAGUUGCUUGUAUAGUUAUCCUUCUCUGCAUGAGAGCAUUUCUUAAAAAUAAGACAACUGACAGUUCUAAUGUUAAUGUAAAGGACGAACUUGACAAGAGAGAUGGAGUCUAUAGAAGAAAGGAUUUUGAAGCUGAUAAUGAAGGCGUUCUUCAAACUCUCCCAAAAGAUGAAGACGGUUGAAUUAAACUUCCCUUGACCAAAAGAACUAAGAUUAACCACGAUACAUAUCAUUUCAGGUUUGAUUUUCCAAGCAAGGACCAGGAGUUCGGACUUCAUAUCGGAGGCCAUGUUGUGUUUUAUGCGGAGGUAAUGAAUCCAGAGACAGGCAAAAAGGAAGAAAUAGCUAGGAAAUAUACUCCAGUCUCAACUGUGCACCAAAAAGGAUACAUUGAAUUUGUCAUUAAGAUCUAUCGUGCAGGAGAAAACCCUAGGUUCCCUCAUGGAGGAUUGAUGACCCAGUAUCUUGAAAAAUUGCCAAUUGGAGAACCUCUCAAAAUGGAGGGCCCAAUGGGAAAACUGAGCUAUCUUGGGUGUGGCAAUUUCUAUAUCUCUAAAAAGUAUCAUAUUAAAACUGAAAUUGGAAUGAUCGCUGGAGGAAGUGGAAUUACUCCUAUUUACCAAAUUAUUCAAUCUGUUGUACAUAACAAGGACAAGAUCAAGUGUCAUCUCUUGUUCGGGAACAAGUCUGAAAAAGACAUCUUAAUUAGAGAAGAGCUCGAACAACUGCAGGAGGAUUAUCCUGAAAACUUCAAAUUAACCUACAUCAUUGAUAAAGCUGACAAUCCAGACACUUGGAAGGGCGAAACUGGGUACAUCACCCAAGAGAUUUUAGAGAAGUACAUGCCUAAGGCUGGUGACGAAACCCUCAUCGUCACUUGUGGGCCUCCCAUAAUGAACCAGCUUGCCAAGAAGUUCUUGCCAGAACAUAUGAUUCACAAAUUUUAA